GCUCCUUCGAUUCAGAAGAAGAAGACUGUUACUUAGUUACCGUCAACAUCUGAAGUUGCUGCGUUGCCCGAGUCACCGUUUGCUGACGUUUGGUUCAUUCAGGCAUCAUGACGAGCCAGCGUCCUCCCUCCAGCAUGGGUCGUCCAAUGAGUCGCACUGGGUCUGCGGCCCCUGGUGCUGGAAGACCCCCAACAGGUGUCCGACCUCCUCCAACAGCUAUACGUGUUGCAACUGGGAUGGUUCCAGGUACAAGUGGUCAUCCUGGUAUGAGGGGCGGGAUCCCAAGUGGCACUGCUGGAGUCCUGUCAGCACAGAUCAAAGUGACUGACAGGCCGGUCACCCAACAGGGGCUCAGUGGGAUGAAGACGGGCAUGAAAGGACCUCAGAGACAGAUUCUGGAUAAAUCCUACUACCUGGGCCUUCUCAGGAGUAAGAUCAAUGAGUUGACCACAGAGACGAGCAAACUGCACAAAGAGAUUGACAACUACAACCAGGAGAACUCUGUCUACCUCUCCUACGAGAAGAGGGCUGAGGGUCUGGCUGCAGAGAUUAAGGAUCUACAAGGCCAGCUUGCUGAUUACAAUAUGCUUGUGGACAAGCUCAACACCAACACAGAGAUGGAGGAAAUGAUGAAUGAUUACAACAUUUUGAAAGCCCAGAACGACAACGGGGCUGAAAGCAUCGACAGCAUCUUCACCGAGAGGAGGGAACGAGAGGAGGCGAUCAGGGGGAUUGAGGAGGAGAUCAAGAGGGAGAGGCAGGUCGCUGAUGAAGUCGUCCAAUCGAUGUCUGCUGCAAAACAAGAGAAGUAUUUCACUAUGGCUUCAGCCAAUGAGGAACUGUUACAGGAGCUCACUGUUCUGCAGGAGGAGUUGGACCUUCUGGUGACCAGGAAGGAGGACUAUGAAGCAGAGCUGGCCCACUCGCAAAUAAAGCAGGAAGUGGUGCGUCUUCAUGAGACUCUGUCAACGCUGGAGGGGAAGCGUGAAGCCAUGGAGGCUGAGCACAAGAGCCUGGGCUCCCCCCAGGAGGAGAGAGAGAAGCUAUUCAAACAGGUGAAGGAAGACAACCAAGAAAUUGCCAGCAUGGAGAGACAGCUCACAGAAACCAGAGACCGGACCACACAAAUCAAAGAGCAGAUCCAACAGCUGGAGCAGGACUCAGAGGAAGCUCAGGGAGAGGUUCAACAGAAAUACAAGGAGCUGAAGAGGAAAGAGGAGGAAAUUGACCGCUUCCUGGAGUCAUUUGAGGAGUCCAGGUCUCAGGUGCAGGAGAAGAUGACGCAGAGCCAGGAGGACACUGUCUCCCUCCUGGAGCACAGCAGCAGGAACAUGUUGCGGCUGCGUCAGGUGGAUACAGUGACGGCCAGUGAGCUGAGGAGCAUGCAGGAGGUGCUGGUCAGCAAGGAGACUGAGGUGGUCCAAUCAGCGAGCACCGCCAAGGGACUGACAACAGAGUCGCAGCGCCUGCAGCAGGACCUGGAGAAGGUGCAGCAGCUGGAGGGGAAGAUCACAGGAGAGCUCAGCACCCUGAAGGAGCGCGUCAGCACCAUGGAGACUGAGCUGCACACCUACCGAGACCUGGACACCCUGAGAGACACAGCCGAGGACAAGAAGAAGAGGCUGCAGGACGACCGAGUGUCACUGACUCAGCGUCGAGAUUCAUUCAAACAGCUGCUGGACGAGAUGAACCAGAAAUAUGAAGCUCUGAAAACCAAACUGCAAGAGAACGAGACUCACGCUCAGCUGGCUAACCUGGAGAGGAAGUGGCAGCACUUGGAGCAGAACAACUUUGUGAUGAAAGAGUUCAUCGCUUCGAAAUCCCAGGAGAGCGACUACGCCUCGGUGGCCAAGAACGUCUCUCAACAAGUGGCCGAGUACAACAAGUGUCUCAUCGAGUCGCUACAGAGCAACAGGAGCUGAACACACAGGGACACAAUGUGUAUUGUUAACACAGCGUGACUGAUUGGUUAUCACAUCCAGUGAGACUGGUUAGGAUAGAAGAUAUGCUAUCAAAUAUUUAUGGUUAACUGUCAAUGAUACUGACAUAACACCGCUCCUAGUAACCUUCACAUAUGUGUCAAUAAGACAGUCAUCUUAAAGGGAUAGGUCACCCAAAAAUGAAAAUUCACUAAUCAUCUACUCACCACUAUGUCGAUGGAGGGGGUGUUGAGUGUCAGGGGUUAACAGCGUUGCAACCGAAUCAAUUGAAAUAAAUGGUGACCGAGACUUCAACCGGUGUAAAUGACUGUUUCAAGUGGAUUUUGAAUGUCUGGGCUUUGGGACACUUGGACAACUCCACGCGAGCAGUAUGGAAACAUCGGCAU